CCAACGGCUCUGCCUUCGUGUCCUCAUUUGUAAAAUGCACGAAGUUGGCCUUGGGUGUGCGUGAGCUGUGGUCACACUUGUGACAAGCGGCGACCCCGCGGGACCCCAGCACCGGGGCGCAUAGGAACUUGGCCUUGGCUGGGACUGCAGUGGGCUGGCAGCGGCUGCGUUGCGCUGGGUAUCCAGGAUCGCGCACGCAGCUCCUCCGCCGCCUCCCUCACCCGGCGUCUCCGUUGCCAGGGGAACUGGGAGCGGCGCGCUUUCCGGCGCAGUCGCGGCGCGUUGCAGCUGUCAUGGCGGAGACCGUCUGGAACACCGACACCGGAGAGGCUGUGUAUCGCUCCCGGGACCCCGUGCGCAACCUGCGCCUCCGAGUCCACUUGCAAAGAAUCACAUCAAGCAACUUCCUCCAUUACCAGCCCGCUGCCCAGGAUGGGAAGGACCUCAUAGACAUGGCCACUUUUAGGCCUCACCCUACCGCCAGCGGACACCGCCCAGAUGAAGAUGAAGAGGAGGAGCUUGUGAUUGGGUGGCAGGAGAAGCUCUUUAGCCAGUUUGAAGUAGAUCUGUACCAGAAUGAGGCAGCCUGUCAGAGCCCUUUGGAUCAGCAGUACCGUCAAGACAUCCUGAAGCUGGAGGGUUCCGGUAGAAGGAAGAACCGACGAAUCUUCACCUACACUGACUGUGAUAGAUUCACCAAUCUGGAGGAGCACUGCCGGAAAAUGACCACAGCCAGGGAGGUGCCAUCAUUCUUGGUCGAGCGAAUGGCCAAUGUCAGGCGGCGGCGGCAGGACAGGCGAGGAAUGGAGGGCGGCAUCCUCAAGUCACGAAUUGUCAACUGGGAACCCUCAGAAGAUUUCAUCAAGAGCCAGCACGUCAUCAACACCCCUCUUCAGACAAUGUACAUCAUGGCAGACCUGGGGCCCUAUGGAAAGCUCGGCUAUAAGAAUUAUGAGCAUGUCCUCUGUACUCUGAAGGUGGACAGCAACGGUGUGAUCACAGUGAAACCUGACUUCACGGGCCUCAAAGGACCCUACAGGAUUGAGACCGAGGGGGAGAGGCAGGAGCUGUGGAAGUAUACAGUCGACAACGUGUCCCCCCUCGCACAGCCGGAGGAGGAGGAGCGGGAACAGCGUGUGUUCAAGGACCUCUAUGGCCGGCACAAGGAGUAUCUCAGCAGCCUCGUGGGCACCGACUUCGAGAUGACGGUCCCAGGCGCCCUCCGGCUCUUUGUAAAUGGAGAGGUAGUUUCAGCCCAAGGCUAUGAGUAUGACAACCUCUAUGUCCACUUCUUUGUGGAAUUACCAACUACAAACUGGUCAAGCCCCGCGGCCCAGCAGCUCUCAGGAAUAACACAGACCUGCGCCACCAAGCCCCUGGGGAUGGACAAGGUGGCCUACUUCUCCUAUCCAUUCUCAUUUGAGGCCUCCUUCCUCCAUGAGGACGAAUCAGCUGAGGCUCUCCCGAAGUGGCCUGUGCUCUACUGCGAGGUCCUCUCGCUGGACUUCUGGCAGAGGUACCGUGUGGAAGGCUACGGGGCUGUGGUGCUGCCCGCCACCCCAGGCUCGCACACCCUGACCGUGCCCACGUGGAGACCCAUGGAGCUGGGCACGGUGGCCGAGCUGCGGAGGUUUUUCAUCGGUGGGUCUCUGGAACUGGAGGACCUCUCCUAUGUGCGGGUUCCAGGAACCUUCAAGGGGGAGCGUCUGAGCCGCUUUGGGCUCCGCACAGAGACCACGGGUAGUGUCACCUUCCGCUUGCACUGUCUGCAGCAGUCCAGGGCCUUCAUGGAGUCCAGUGCUCUCCGGAGAAGGAUGCGGAGCGUGUUGGACCGUCUGGGAGGAUUUAGCCAGCAGAGUUCCAUUCACAACGUGCUGGAGGCUUUCCGCCGCGCCCGGCGCCGCAUGCAGGAGGCCCGAGCGAGCCUUCCCCAGGACCUCGGGAGCCCCUCGGGAACCAUGGUCUCCUAGCCCUGCCCCUCCGUGCAAGAGGACACAAGCGACAGCUAAGGCCGGUGCUCUCCCUCCUCCUCACCUUCCUUACUAGAGACCAGCUGCGAACCAGAAGAGCAGAGAAAAUAUCAGGCCAGCCCCUCUGCCUAGUCUUCUGCAGGGUCUGCUCCCCGCCGUGUGGCAGUAAAGCCCGAGACCCUGAGGCCCCAUAUUCAUAUGUCAGCUACUGCAAGUGGGCAUCGCCACGGGCAUUUUUUUUUUUUUUUUUUUUGGUUUGAGACUAAUUUGGGGAAACCAAAUUAGUAAGCUCUUUCCUCGGCACAGCUCCUCUGGCUUGUCUCACAGUCUCAGUAGCAAUGGGCUGCAGGUGCCUUCUCUACAACCUCAAGAAAGGAGGCACAAGAAAGGAGGCACAAGAAAGAAGGAAAGUGAGGGACCUUAAAUCCCCAGCCCCGGAAUCUCAGCCCCUUCUCUCCAGGGUGGCCUCGUCCUGCUGCUCGAGGCUUGUUUGCGAUACAACUAUUUCGGGAGCAAAUGAAGGCCGAAGGCGGGGCCCAGUCCUCAGCUAGCUGGGUGGUAUCUUUUAUUGUGUUUUUCAUACAUAAAAGCUUGUUAUACUGAC